AUGGACAGCUCCGGCAACAGUUUUCGCAGCUUUUCCGCGGUGGUGGAUGUUGGUGCUUCCCUGUUUGUGGCGCUGUACACCUGCUCCUUAGCAGACCGGCCGGCGCUUCUCAGGCUGCAGCAUCGCUCUACAUUCCUGUGGACUGGAGUUGUUCAAAAGGUGCAGCAGGAUGUGGUGUGGACUGCGAGCGUGUGCACUGGCGCCCCUGCUGGCCCUCCUUCUGCUUCAUACUGUGGACUGCGAAGGUGCAGAAUUAGUCUCGGCAGCCGCAGCCUCCGGGGACACCCUCGUGUGAUGGCCCAGGACGAGUCUUCUCCAGAGGGGACAGAGCAGCAGUGGGGUGCUUCAUAUCUGUCAAUGGGACAGGGGGGAAGAGGCACGAGGGGCUCUCAACAACAAGAGGGCUUUGCUUGA